AUGACGACGCCUAUUGAGUUCGUUUCUGGAGGCGACCUUGUCGUUGCCUUCGGUCAGGGCGACGCGGUGAAAAUCGCCAAAGUUCACAAAUCCUUCUUGCAAGCUGCAUCUCCAGUCUUCGCAACACUUCUAGGCUCUCAGUUCCAAGAAGGCCACAAGACCUAUAGCGUAGCGAAUCCACUCCCUUUUCCCGAAGACGACCCUACUGCUAUGUUGAAUCUGUGCCGUAUCCUUCACUGGCAAAGCGGCACCGUGGAUAUCUCCACGGACGAUUGGUUACAGCAGCUCGCCAUUGUCUGCGAUAAGUACCGCUGUGCUCAGGCAUUAAAAGAGUUCUUUCAGGCCAGAAUCGAUACUGCUGAUUUGUCUUAUACUGACAGCUGUAUUAUUUCUCUUCUGGUUGGCGACCUAGAGGUAUUCGAAGAGUGGUCGUCUUUCCUGAUACGGAACACUAGAGUCACGGUGGAAGCUGAGUGUCACAAGGAUCUUCUCCAAUUAUUGCCAAAAAAUAUCCUGGGCGAUCUUGCCGAAUAUCGCCGCUCAGCGCGCGCCGAAUAUGCACUCCUCGCUCAAGCUCCCAUGCACAGCAUGCGCAAGGUCGUUGGCGAAAGUCGUCUCUGCUGGGGCGUAGAAAAAAAGAUAGUUACCUAUUGGUAUAUUCUUGGGUCACACAAGGUCUUGUGCCCAUGUAGGGAGAUCGAUGUCUAUCUGCCAGAUUUGCACCAUGUCAUGACACAAGUGAUGCUCGAAAAUAGCGCAAGCCCUACUCAAAUGCGUGUCGCUGGCGACCUUGAGCAAGAGUGCAGGAAGAGUGGUUUCAUUUCCUUUUGUGGGUGUAAUAGCUGGAAGCUCGCUGAAGAGAUCUUGUCAGCGGCCAACCAGAUCACCAGCGGCAAAGCGGAAACGUGCAAACUGUGCUAUCUCUGCUUUCAGUCUGGUAAGACCACUUUCAUCGAAUCCUGCAAGGUCCAUUAG